GACGUUUGAAAGUGCGUAGUGACGGCAGAGACGUUAGUCGACAGUUUUCCCUCCUCGCUGACAAAGCUAUCCGGUUAUGCCGAUGUUUAGCUAAAGAUACUUUUAUCGCUAAACAUUUUUGACUCUUUACCUUUAACAUUGUAGGAGGAAGGUCGACAAAGAAACCGAACAUCCAUAGAAAAGUAGUUCAAGAAGACAUAUGUGGUCCUGCUAGCAGGGCAAGAUGUUCAACAAGUCAUUUGGUACUCCCUUCGGAGGAGGAACAGGGGGGUUUGGCACGUCAUCGACCUUUGGAGCACAAAAUGCAGGUUUUGGGACGGCAGGAGGCUUUGGGACGUCUGCGUUUGGGGCCACCACCAACGCUGGAGGACUGUUUGGCACCACACAGAAUAAGCCUGCAGGCGGUCUGUUUGGAUCCAGUACAUUCAGUCAACCAGCAACUUCCUCCACCAGCACAGGUUUUGGAUUUGGUGCAGCGAGUGGCACUUCAACAAGCCUGUUUGGCAGCAGUGCAACGGGCACCACUGGGGGACUCUUUUCCCAACAGAACAAUGCUUUUGGAGCCAAUAAACCCACCUCUUUCGGAAGCUUUGGGACAAGCACCAGCAGUGGUGGACUGUUUGGGGCGACCAACACUGCCUCCAACCCUUUCGGUGGAGCAACCUCCCUGUUUGGAGGCUCUGGGUUCUCUGCUGCACAGCAGCCAGGAACGACCGUAAAAUUCAAUCCUCCAACAGGAAGUGACACAAUGGUGAAAGCAGGUGUGACCACGAGCAUCAACACCAAGCACCAGUGCAUCACAGCCAUGAAGGAGUAUGAGAAUAAAUCCCUAGAGGAGUUGAGGCUGGAGGACUACCAGGCGGGCAGGAAAGGCCCAACCAACCCAAUGGCUGCAGCAACGGGCAGUUUGUUUGGAUCAGCUCCGGCCACAUCCAGCACCGCUACUGGCCUGUUCGGUGCCGCUGCCCCCAACAGCAGUUUCUCCUUCGGACAGAAUAAGACCACCUUUGGAGCGGCACCUGCAGCCACUGGUGGGUUCGGUACAGCUACUGGCGGUCUGUUUGGUCAGACUGCGCAGCCACAAGCCGCCAGCCUCUUCAAGCCCUUCGGUCAGGCCACCACCACACAGAGCACCGGCUUCUCCUUUGGCAACACCAACACGAUGGGACAGGCCAACACUAGCAGCAUGGGUCUGUUUGGUAACACGGCAGCGCCUCAGGCGAGUGGGUUGUUCGGCGCCGCUCAGACGAGCACCGCCACUGGCUUUGGGACGGGCACUGGGCUGUUCGGGCAAACCAACACUGGAUUUGGAAAUGUCGGCACUCAACAGAGUUUAUUUAAUAAGACAGCUGGGUUCGGCACCACCACCACCAGCGCUCCAUCCUUUGGCACCGGCACCGGGCUGUUUGGCAACAAGCCCACCCUCACUCUUGGGACUGGAACCAACACCUCCACCUUUGGUUUUGGUGCAAACCCUGCUGCAGGGAGUCUGUUCGGGAACAAGCCAGCCACUGGAGGUCUCGGGACCGGACUAGGAACCAGCUUUGGAACAGCAGUGGGCACAGGGCAGACGACUCUCUUUGGGAACAACCAGAACAAACUGGGCUCCACACUCGGAGCAAUUGGAACAUUCGGAGCAACUGGAUUCAACAGCGGAGCCAGCACCCUGGGCUUCGGAGCUCCACAGCAGCCUGUUGCUCUCACAGAUCCAAGUGCAGCUGCUGCCCAACAGGCCGUGCUGCAGCAGCAGCUCAGUAUUCUGGCGUACUCGCCUUAUGGAGACUCGCCACUGUUCAGAAACCAGCUGUCAGACCCCAAGAAGAAAGAGGAGCGUUUGAAACCAACAAAUCCCACGGCCCAGAAGGCUCUGACCACACCCACUCACUACAAGCUGACCCCCCGACCUGCGACCAGAGUCCGGCCCAAAGCUCUGUCGUCCUCAGGUGCCUCCAAGUCACAGCUGUUCGACGGCCUCGACGAUGACGAACCGUCUCUGACAAACGGAGCCUUCGUACCCAGGAAGAGCAUCAAGAAACUGGUGCUGAAGAACCUGAACAGCAGCCAGUACAACAGUCCAAUCAACAAAGAGACAGAUGACCUCGCCUCGCCAUCAGAGUACCCACAGAAUGGACACAGUCAUAUGAUGGAGGAGGAGGAGCUGAGGGAGGAGCCAGGUCCCGGACGGGCAGACGACGACCCAGAGGUCACCCAGUUCUAUGUCAACCCAAUCGCCAAGCCCAUCCCGCAGGGCCGGGUCCAGACCAGCCUGCAGGACACCAUCAGUGACCUCAACAUGCACAAACAGGCCAGGAAUGGACUCGAGCUGAGCAGUGAAGACGUGUCGGCGUCCCUUGGGGAGGAGUCCCUGCAGGAGGACAGAGAGGAGGAGCAGCAGGAGACCCAACAGGCUCCCCACCCAGCAGGCAUCGUUCUGAACCGUGUUGGUUAUUACACCAUCCCCUCGAUGGAGGAUCUUGCUGACAUGGUGGAUGAAAAUGGAGACUGUGUGGUGGAAAACUUCUCUAUUGGCAGGAAAGGCUACGGCUCCAUCUUCUUCCCUGGCGAGGUGAACGUGACAGGACUGAACCUCGACGAGAUCGUCCACUUCAGACGCAAGGAGGUCAUUGUGUACCCAGAUGACAAAAACAAGCCGGUGGAGGGGGAGGGGCUUAAUAGGCGAGCCGAGGUGACGCUGGACGGUGUGUGGCCGAAUGACAAAACAACCUGCACUCAGAUCAGGAGCCCCGAGCGUCUGACUGAGAUGAACUACGAGGGGCGGCUGGAGAAAGCCUCCCGCAAACAGGGAGCUCGAUUCCUGGAGUACAGACCUGAGACCGGAUCCUGGGUGUUUGAGGUGGCCCACUUCUCCAAAUAUGGCCUCCAGGACUCUGACGAAGACGAGGACGUCCCGCUAAAAACCGACUCCAAGAAGCUGAAGACGAUGUCGCUUCCUCCCUCCAGGCUGCAGCAGCAACUGCCUCCGUCCCAGCAGCAGGUGGCGCCACAGGCUCAGUCCACCGUUGUCGUGGAUCUUCCAGGUGGUAUGGCCGAGCUGGACAGCGACAUGGCCGACAUCACCCAGAGCUUCCCAACAGAGAGCAUGCUGGGAGGAGAGGAGGACAGUGAGCUGCUGGCGGGAGAGAUGGAUACGUCAGGCGGGAAGCUCGGAGGUUUGAUCUCUGCGGAGCACGACGGCAUCUCUGCGUCCAGCCACAUGGCGUCCUCGCUGGGGAUCAACCCGCACACCCUCCAGAUCAUGAAGGCAUCUUUGUUUGCUGAAGAUGAGGAGGAGAGCGAGAUGUUUCAGGAUCAUGGAGCAAUGAAGGUCGCCCCGGAUGUCUCGUCUCCCCGCAUCAUCCUGCCAGGAACCCAGAGCCGACCGUCCGUGGGAGGUCUCCUUCAGGCUCGUUUUACCUCUGGACUCCUCUCUCAGCUGUCAGAUUCUCCUCGCCCUCCUCUGUCUCGGGGGUCUCCAGCAGCUGUUGAACCCCCUCGUCAGUUACACUGGGCCGGGCCGGGCCCAUCGUCCUUCGUGCUGCCCCCUCGCGCUCCAGAGCCUUCGAUCAGGACGGUUGGCGUCCGGCGGCUGGGCGGCCCUGUCCCCCUCAAAGAGUCGGUGACUCGAGGGAAGGGGAGUUUGUUGAUGGAUGCUGGACUGUUUGUGGGUCGUUCCUUUCGGGUCGGGUGGGGUCCCGGCUGGACGCUGGCACACUGUGGCCAGCGUCUGACCUCGCCGAUGGGCAAACAGCUCGAGCAGGAAGAGCUGAUGGCCAAAACUGACUUCAGCUUCCCACCAAAACCUGCCAGGAGCAAACCACUGAUAGACGGCUCCUAUAAGGUGACGUUGGAGCAGCUGGUGGGUCUGCAGGCUCCAGCAGUGAAGAUCAGUGAGGAAGAGGAGGACGAGAGCCAGGCGGUGCUGCAGCGCCCCCUGGAGAUCUGUCUGAAGCACAGCACCGUCGACACAACAGACGCCUCCGCCUGCCCUCUGGUUCGACCACAGACCGGCGUGGCGGCGCUGCACGAAUACGCCGAGUGGAUCACCGAACUGAACGACAAGCGGGGCGACGCAGAUCCCCUACUGGGUUACUGGUCUGAGGUCUGGACGUUGUGUGAGGCCUUGUGGGGCCGGUUGGGCCCAGCAGAUCAGGAGCCCGAUGUCGAGACGUCCAGCGAGUAUGAGCAGCAGCUGGAGAGGAGACGGACCUUCUCGGACUGGCUGUCCCGCGGAGCCACCUCCAGGGUGAAGGAGGAGGUGGCGCUGGCGGGGAAGGGCAGUCACACGGAGGCCAUCUUCAGCUACCUGACUGGCAACUGCAUCAGUGAGGCCUGUCGACUGGCACAGAAGGAAGGAGACCACCGUCUGUCCCUGCUGCUGUCUCAGGCCGUCGGCUCUCAGUACUGCCGAGAACUGCUCGCGCUUCAGCUCGCCGACUGGAACCGCAUGCAGACCGACUGCUACCUGCCUGAGGAGCGACUGCGCAUCUUCGCACUGCUCGCCGGGAAACCUGUGUGGCAGUCGUCGGACUCUGUGGUGAACGUCUGCUCCGAGUUGGACUGGAAACGCUCCGUGGCCGUCCAUCUCUGGUUCAUGUUGCCCCCGACUGCCUCGGUGGCUGACGCCCUCGCCAAAUAUGAAGCUGCCUUCCAGGGCUCAUGUGAGGGGGGAAAGUAUGCCUGCGCCCCCCUUCCUCCAUACAUGGAGGCGGAGCAGCUGGACAUGGAGGACGAGGAGGAGGAGUCUAAACGGCCACUGCACGACCUCUGCUUCCACCUGCUCAAACUCUACAGUGACAGACAUUACAGCCUGCAGCAGCUGUUGGACCCGCUGACCGUCACCUGGGAGCGGCUGGAUUACCGUCUGAGCUGGCACCUGUGGGGCGUCCUGCAGGCGUUGCACUACAGCCACCUGAGCGGCUCGCGGCAGGGACUCCUCCACACCAGCUACGCCGCACAGCUGGAGAGCGCCGGGCUGUGGCACAUGGCCAUCUUCAUCCUGCUGCACAUCCCCGACCACAGUCAGCGGGAGAGAGCGGUGAGGGAGAUGCUGACCCUCCACUGCCCCCUGCAGGAGACAGACGAGUCAGUCCGGAGGGAGCGCUUCCUGACCGAGAGGCUGCAGAUCCCCGAGCAGUGGAUCCAUGAGGCCAAGGCUACCCGAGCCCGCCGCGACGGUGACAGACACCAGGAGGCGCUGCACCUCUACCGGGCCAGAUACUGGAGCCAGUGUCACCGGCUGCUGAUCCAACACCUGGCCUCAGACUGCAUCAUCAACGACAACCAUGACUACCUGCUGGAGUUCCUGGAGGGUCUGGCGGUCCCUGAACACAGCGCCACCAUCCAGGACUGGGACACUGCAGGGAGGGUUUACCUGGACUACAUCCGAGUCAUCAAGACUCUGCAGAACAUCCAACAGAUGGACAACGCUGGUUACGAGCUGGAGCGUCUUCACACCGACGUGACGUCUCUCUGCAGCAGAAUCGAGCUGCUGCCCUGCAGCACCGCCAGAGACCGCCUCGCCCAAUCAGAAAUGGCGAAGCGUGUGGCCAACAUCCUGCGUGUGGUGCUGAGCCUGCAGCAGGGCGACGCAGCAUCCGACUCCCUCAGCAUCCCGCUCACCCAGCUGGCGCCGCACAUCACCCGCCUGCCAAUGCCGGAGGACUACACGCUGGAGGAGCUGCGAGGCCUCACGCAGUCGUACCUGCGACAGCUCAUCGUCAGCCAAUGAGAGCGCAUUUUGUCAGGUGUUUGAGACUUCAGACACUCAAACAUCCCAAAACUCUGAUGCAGAAAAAAGGAGCGAAAAGAAAGUCUGUCGUCUUCAACCGUGGAGGAGAACAGAUUGAGAACUUUAUCCUGGAGUUUAUUCACUUUGAGCUUCUGCAGCGCCUUCAGUUUGUCCAGAAAACAGCAGAGAGCUUCGAUACGUCAUUCCUCAUCGUGUGUGUGUGUGUGUGUGUGUGUGUGUGUGUGUGUGUGUGUGUAUGUGUGUCUGUGUGUGUGUGCCUGAGUGCGUGUGUGUGUGUUUGGCUUCAGAGGAGCAUUUUAAAAUGAAACAACAGUGUAAUGACUCUUAAUUUGAACCUCCUGACCAGUGAAGUUUUAUUUACAACAGUCUACAAAUCUCACAUUCUGAACGUCACAGUCAAACGUUUAAAAACACGUUUUCCUGGUUUCGGCCAGUUGUUCCCAACCUCAGGGUCCAGACGCCACAAGACACCUGCAUGUGGUCGUAAAACAAAUUAUCCUUAAUUUUUCAGAUUUUAUGUUCAUGAUUUAGGAUUAGUUUUCCCCAAAACAUACUAAAAACAUUCAGAGAAACUGUGUAUAUUGUGGCAAAAACCAAAUAACUCAAACUUGAACUGAUCAUAACUGACUUGUUCCGUCUUAAAGGUGUCACAAGAUGUUUAAAUGUAUUUUUGGUUUAAAUUACAGCUGCAACUCAAGAUUAUUUCAUUGUCUGUUAGUCUGUCAAUCAUUUCCUGCAUUAAUCGAUCACAAAAUAGUAAAAAAUGUCGAUCAGUGAUUCGUCCUCGUUCUGUCCACAUCUCAGAUAUUCAGUUUUACUAUCACAGAGGAAAGAAACCAGAAAAUACAUCUGUCAGACUCACCAAUCAACUCUCUUCCUCCAGAAUCACCGUCCCUACUUUUUAAAUAGUUGGCAAAUAAUCGAUUAACCGACUGAGCUUUGCAGCAAACACGUAUAGUUUGUAGACACACUGGUGCGGCUCCUCUUUAUCACUCGAUGUGAUCUGAAGAGGUGAACUGAAAGUAUAUUCACACUGAGUCAUUUCUGUUCCGUCAUCGUUUAUUAUUCUGAAAUGCUCCCUGAAAACAGAAUUAUUUACAUCUUUAGCAAGUUCUUUCUGUUUGAGUAGCGUCUUUGACACUGUGCAUGUGAGUGUGUAAAUGUGACCCUCAGUCACUCGUUUGAUCUCCGACCCCAAAGAAAGCUCCAAGAUGUUGAUGAGCUCGGAGGGCAAAAAUCCUCUCCGACUGCUUGUUUUUCAUUUACAGAUUUGGAUUUAAUAAGCAAAUAAAAGCAGCCGUUAGCUUAGCGUAGUGUGACCGUAGCAUCUGUUCAUCUGUCGAUAUGUGAAUAAAGACGAUUAUCUUAAUAUUAAAGACGAGCGGUGAUGUCGUACAGACGGGUUCGAUGUGCACAAAGUUUAAUUUUUGGAGACGACUCAACAUGCAAAGUGUAAAAUGCCUAAUGGUCUAUUUUUGUAGGUUUCUUGUUUUUCUGUUUGGUUUGAAUGUUAAAUCAGAAGUGGGUGUGUGUGCGUGUGUGUGUGUGUGUGUGUGUGUGCACGUAAACCAGAAAUAAACAACAAACAAACAAACAAGCGUGUUAUUUUUUAUUAGCACUUCAUCAGAGUUGAAGAGUUUCCUUCCAAAACCAGCUGCCAACCAGAGAUUUCGCUGCAUGUAAUUAUAUAAAUAUUGUAUAUUUUUGGAAAAUCAAACAGGGAAUAUCAGGUCGUUUUUAU